AUGUGGAUUCAAGGGACAAUACAACAUUAAAGAGAAAAACAAAGAGAAUUGGAUAUAAAUUGCCCACAAAUUUCUAUUCCAAUACAGAGAUUUGGAUCCCAGACUUACUAAGAAACUUUUUUCAAUAAUCGUCUUGUUGCCACUUAAGAAAAUCAAAGUUGA